AUGCAGAUGCUGCCAGACUACUGCCGGGAGGUCAAGUCGGAAGAACGAAACACACACGACCUCAGGAGCCAGUCCAUACCAGGAGUUCGGCAGAUGCAAACAAAAUUCCGGCCCUCCGCGCGCAACCCCCUCCUCCCCCCGGUAGCCACCCCACACGACAAGAGGGGCCGCCACCUGCCCCCCUCACCGCGUGCACCCCCCUACCCACAAACGAUAUCCCACCAUCAUUGGUGGGUGGCAACCUCACCGGGGCUGUCAGCCGCCCCCGAUGCCCCAGCCGAGGAGGGUCCGUUGCCAGAGGUGCCUGGGCCUAGGCUGUUCCCCGCACCCACAGUCGUCGCUGCCGUGUCCCCGCCGGCUCACGGGCACCGGGAGCACACGGGGGACACCCUGGGACACCCUGGGACACCCUGGGACACCCUGGGACACCCUGGGACACCCUGGGACACUCGCACAGCGCCCACCAGGGGCCCGGGGGCCGCCCACCGAAAAGCGACCCAGAAAUCGGCCUCUGGCCUGGAUAUAGACGCCUCGCUGGGAGCGAGCGCCGCAGUGGACAAAAUUGUCAUUUCUAUCGGGAAAUCGGGCUCCUCCCGAGUAAAAACGGACAGGGGAUUGCAGUUUGCCCCGGGCGCCGGGAGUGCCCCCCGCUGCAGUGCCCCGACCCCUGCCCGUGCACUGGGGUCCGUUGGCAGAGGUAGGGGUCCGUUGGCAGAGGUGUGUGGGCGCAGGGGUCCGUUGGCGGAGGUGGGGGUCCGUUGCCAGAGGUGGGGGUCCGUUGCCAGAGGUGGGGGUCCGUUGCCAGAGGUGCCUGGGCCUAGGCUGUUCCCCGCACCCGCAGUCGUCGCUGCCGGGACCCCGCCGGCUCACGGGCACCGGGAGCACACGGGGGACACCCUGGGACACACGCACAGCGCCCACCGAGGGCCCGGGGGCCGCCCACCGAGGGCCCGGGGGCCGCCCACCGAAACGCAACCGUCACUGGAAUUUCGGCAAAUAUACCCAGAAAUCGGCCUCCCCCGGGAUAUCGAGGCCUCGCCCGGAACGAGCGCCGCAGUCGACAAAAUUGUCAUUUCUAUCGGGAAAUCGGGCUCCUCCCCACAAGAACGCGGAGGGGACCGCGGGGUGCACCGGGGUCCGUUGGCGGAGGUGUGUGGGCGCAGGGGUCCGUUGCCUGAGGUGGGGGUCCGUUGCCAGAGGUGGGGGUCCGUUGCCAGAGGUGCCUGGGCCUAA